AUGUCUGCUCAAGAAGCAUCGUAUCAUGUUCUAUCAUUGCCAUUAUCGAAAAGCAGUCGACAGACAUUUUUUAUAAAUACAAGCCCCAUAAACGAACAAGCAAUGAUGUUGAAAACCACAAAGGAACUUGGUACAUUAGUCAAAAACUCGACAGAUGUAUUUAUGGAAAAUAUAUUCGCAAAAUACAGCAACCGUUCAACAACAAUUGAAAAUACUUGUCUAGCAGAUUUUGUGUCUAUGCAUUCCAAGAAAAAGUUAAACCACUACAACGAAGACAAUCAAAGUGCAGAAUACCAAACUAGGCAAAAAUCAGCUAUAAUCAGAUACAGGCGUUAUAAACUAGCUCAAGAUCCAACCAAUUGCUAUCGUGAACAAGUUUUGUUAUUUUUACCAUGGAGAAAUGAAAUCACAGAAAUAGAGAACGCCAAUUGCGAAAAUAUUUACUGUACCAAUGAAAUUGAAAUAUAAGGAAACAGGCAGUAAUAUUCAAUUAUAAGUGACGAAAUUCUCGAAAAUGCACAAAAUGAAAUUAAUAGUGUAGAACAAGUAGACAUUAACGAUUUUGUUGCCGAUCAAUUAGCGUCAGAUCAGUAAGUAGAUAUUUUGGAACAAGAAAGCAAAAAAAUUGUUAAUGAUAAGAAAGUUAAUCGUUUUAG